UGCAAUAUAUGCAGCAAGUUGGUAAGCAUGGGGGCUGAGAAAGGCAAAAGUAAAAAUUCAACAAACAUGUGGAGUCACUUGAAGGCAAACCACCAACAGGAUUACAAAGAGGCAGUAAAAGAAAAAGAAGAUGCAGCGGCUGCUGCCUCUGCCAGUCUCAGUCAGCCUACUGUAGCACAAAUGUUUGAUUCACAAAGAAAAUGGCAAAAUUCUGACCAGAGGUCAAAAAAGAUUGAUACACAAAUACUUGAAAUGAUUGCUACAGACAACCAGCCAUUUACAGUGGUCUCGGAUGUUGGCUUUCGGCGUUUGAUUGCAACACUGGAACCCCGGUAUAGCCUCAAGACUGAAAAAUACUACCUUACAGACGUGCUGGAAAACAUAAUGAAAGGUGUGGAGAGGAAAAUCAAAACACUGAUCACCCCAGAGAAUGCUGGCCCUCAUUUGUCGUUCACGACAGACUGUUGGUCUGGGGAGACGGAAUCACUGAUGAGUCUAACAUGCCAUUUCAUUAAUAGUGACUGGGAAAGAAAACAAGUGGUACUAAAUGUUAAGGCCAUGUCUGGCUCCCACACUGGAGAAUACAUCAGCAAGAUGCUCCUUAGCAUGCUGAAACAUUGGGACAUCACCCACGACAGAGUUGUGCUUGUGCUCUGAGACAGUGGUGCUAAUAUGGGAACUGU